UCUACUCCAAUGAUGAAGCAGAAGCUCGGCUGUCUGGUCUAGACCUCGCAUGUUUUAUUAUUAUUCUUAAUAUUCUUUUUUAACUUAAAGUUGCGGGAGUUGUUUUUGAAUACGUUUUUUCUAAAAUGCUGCGGGUGGUGGUGGAGUCAGCCAAAGGACUCCCCAAAAAGAAACUUGGGAGUCCUGACCCGAUUGCCACCGUGAUAUAUAAAGAUGACAAGAAGAAAACCAAACGGAUUGACAAUGAGCUGAAUCCUGUAUGGAAUGAGGUGCUAGAGUUUGACUUAAAAGGCUCUCCGCUGGACUCCAGCUCCUUCCUCGAAGUGGUUGUGAAAGACUAUGAAACCAUUGGAAGAAACAUACAUAUUGGGUCAGCCAAAAUCCCUUUGAGAGAUCUGGCCGCUGGUCAAGUGAGAUCCCUGCCGUCUAAAAAUGUUCCUUUGCUCGGGGAAAAUGGGCAGAACAUUGGGGCUACAAUCAACCUCGUGGUUGCCUACGACCCUCCAGCGAAUGCUGCACCAAACCCCAAUAAUCCUCCGGCUGGGGAAACUGCAGCUGAUGGAGGUGAGGCUGGAGGUGAUGAGAAUGACGGUGAGACUGCCACAGAUUUAGGCCAAAGCGGCUCCGCUGGAGUCCCCUCUUCCAUAAAACAGUCUGCCAAUGUUCGCCAACGGCUGACAAGAGGACAGAGUCGCCAUCGACUCGCGACUAAGCCUCAGGACUUCCAGAUCCGUGUUCGUGUCGUUGAAGCCCGUCAGUUGCCUGGCAACAACAUCAAACCGGUGGUAAAGGUGCACGUGUGUGGCCAAACACACAGAACAAGGAUCAAGAGUGGAAACAAUCCUUUCUUUGAUGAGAUGUUCUUCUACAAUGUUCACAUGCUACCAUCAGACCUCUUUGAGCAGAGCAUCAGCUUCAGGGUGUAUAACUCCUACUCGCUGAGGGCCGACAGCCUUAUGGGAGAAUUCAAGUUGGAUGUUGGAUAUGUUUAUGAUGAACCAGCCCAUUGUGUUAUGAGGAAAUGGCUCCUUCUGAAUGACCCAGACGACAGCAGCUCCGGCGCUAAAGGCUACCUCAAAGUCAGCCUCUUUGUCAUCGGAACCGGCGAUGAGCCUUUGGUUGAGAAGAGGGAUUGUGAUGAUGACCAGGAUGACAUAGAGAGUAAUCUGCUUCUGCCAGCGGGUAUGACUCUGCGAUGGGCAACCUUGUCAUUGAAGGUCUUCAGGGCAGAGGACAUUCCCCAAAUGGAUGAUGCGUUUGUCCAGAGCAUAAAAGAGAUUUUUGGAGCAGAAGAAAACAAGAAGAAUCUAGUAGAUCCCUUCCUCGAGGCUCGCUUCGCUGGCAAGAAGUUGUGCACUCAGAUCAUUGAGAAGAAUGCAAACCCAGAGUGGAACCAAGUGCUGCACCUUCAAGUCAAGUUCCCAUCCAUGUGUGAGCGCGUCAAGCUGACCGUCUUUGAUUGGGAUCGCCUGACAGGAAAUGAUGCUGUGGGCACCACAUACCUGGACCUGGCAAAGAUUGCUUCAUCUGGUGGAGAGAUAGAAGAAGAACAUGCUGGAAAUGCUGAAAGACCAUCCUAUGAAGGGAACCCAGUAGAAUCUGAGGUGGGAUUCCUGCCUGUGUUUGGACCCUGUUACAUCAAUCUGUACGGCAGCCCCAGAGAGUUCACAGGCCUGCCAGAUCCUUAUGAUGACCUCAACUUUGGCAAGGGAGAAGGAGUUGCCUACAGAGGCAGGAUUUUGGUAGAGCUGUCCACAAAACUGGAUGAGAAAGCAGAAAAAACAAUAGACAACAUCCACAGUGACGACAUCCUGGUUGUACAGAAGUACCAGAGGAGGAGAAAAUACUGUCUCUGCGCAGUCUUCCACAGCGCCUCCAUGAUCCAAGAACCUGGAGAACCAAUCCAGUUUGAAGUCAGCAUCGGUAAUUAUGGAAACAAAUUGGACACCACCUGCAAACCUCUGGCCUCCACCACCCAGUACAGCUGUGCUGUGUUCGAUGGCAACCAGUACUACUACCUACCGUGGGCAAACACUAAACCAGUGGUCGUGCUCACGUCCUUCUGGGAAGACAUCAGUCACCGCCUGAAUGCUGUCAACAUCAUCCUCUGCAUAACUCACCGUCUGCAAUCCAACCUGGAGGCAUUUAAAGUUGCCAUUUUGGCUAAAGUCCCGGACAACAAACUUGCAGAAGUGUGGCUGCAGCUUCUUGACCAGCUGAUCGAAGACCUAGAACGAUUUCCAACACCUGAGUUGGAGGGCUGCUCCAAUCUGACAUCCUUGGACAUCCAACUGAAAAAACGGAGAGACAUCACCUUAAACAGCAUAAAAGAAGCAGUCUUGCGUAUGAGACAAGAGGCCUCUGAGAUCCGUGACACCCUGUCCGACAUAGAAACCUGGGUUGACAAACUCAAACAGCUUGCUGAGGAGCCACAAAACAGCAUGCCCGACGUGGUCAUCUGGAUGCUGCGAGGUGAGAAGAGGGUGGCGUACAGUCGUAUUCCAGCCCACGAAAUCUUGUUUUCGACAUACAGUGAGCAGGCCUGCGGAAAAAACUGCGGAAAAACACAGACUGUCUUUUUAAAGUAUCCCAUGGACAAGGCCAAAGGGUUGAAGGUGCCUGUUCAGAUUAGAGUCAGCAUGUGGCUGGGCCUCUCUGCAGAUGAGAAAAAGUUCAACUCAUACUCAGAGGGAACAUUCAGCGUGUUUGCCGAGCUGUAUGAAAACCAGGCCAAAGUCUUCGGGAACUGGGGAACCACAGGACUCGUGGGGCGCCACAAAUUUUCUGAUGUUACAGGCAAACUGAAGCUGAAACAAGAGUACUUCAUUCCACCCAGAGGAUGGGAGUGGGAAUCUGACUGGUUCAUUGAUCCAGAAAAAGCCCUUCUCACAGAGGCAGACGCAGGACACACUGAGUUCAUGGAUGAGGUUUUCCAAAAUGAGACCCGCUUCCCAGGUGGAGAGUGGAAAGCUGCAUCUGAACAAUAUACUGAUGUGAAUGGGGAGAAGAGCCGCAACCCAUCAGAGUUUGAUUGUCCUCCAGGUUGGAUUUGGGAGGACAGUUGGACUGUAGAUAUCAACAGAGCAGUGGAUGACCAAGGCUGGGAAUAUGGAGUGACCAUCCCUCCAGGUGACAAGCCCCUGUCCUGGGUCCCGGCAGAGAAGGUAUACCAUGUCCACCGCAGGAGGAGGCUGGUUCGACCUCGCAAAAGAGAUGCAUCUUCCUCAGUAUCAGCUAUGGAGAGGAGAAAUAAAGGUGACCCUGAGGGCUGGGAGUUCUCUUCUCUGAUUGGAUGGAAAUUUCACAGAAAAGAGCGUUCGUCGGAUACGUUUCGCCGAAGGCGGUGGAGGCGAAAAAUGGCACCAGAAGAUCGACUUGGGGCCAGUGCCAUCUUUCAGCUGGAGGGAGCGCUGGGCGUUGACACAGAGGAGAAAGAGAAAACCUCCAAAGCUAACGCCACCAAGAUGUUUGGCGCCAACACCCCCACUGUGUCAUGCACAUUUGACAGGUCAUAUAUGUACCAUCUCCGUGUCUACGUCUACCAGGCAAGAAAUCUGAUGUCUAUGGACAAAGACAGUUUUUCAGAUCCGUACGCACACGUGUCUUUCCUGCACGUCAGUAAGACAACAGAGAAGCUCAAAGCAACACUGAACCCAACCUGGGACCAGACUCUGAUUUUCAACAGCGUGGAGAUUUACGGCGAUCCUCAAAAGAUCGCCCACCGUCCUCCUGACGUGGUGUUGGAGUUCUAUGACGAAGAUCAAGUGGGGAAAGAUGAGAUGCUCGGCCGUAGCAUCUGCACCCCACUGGUGAAGCUAAGUCCAGAAAUGGACCAGUCUCCCCGGUUGUUCUGGCAUCCCAUCAUCCAGAAGGGACAGAGGGCUGGGGAGGUGCUUGUGGCUGCUGAACUCAUCCUGAAAGACAAGUCAGGUGACUCAGAUCUUCCCUUGCUUCCUCCUAUGAGAGCCGAGAACCUCUACAUGGUUCCACAGGGCAUUCGGCCUGUGGUGCAGCUCACGGCAGUGGAGAUUCUUGCUUGGGGCCUUAGGAACAUGAAACCUUAUCAGCUGGCAUCUGUGUCCUCACCCAGUCUUGUGGUGGAGUGUGGAGGGCAAAGAGUAGAGACAGCAAUCAUCAAAAACAUGAAGAAGAGCCCCAACUUUCCUGGCAACAUCCUCUUCAUCAAAGUGCUCCUCCCGAAGGAUGAGAUGUACACUCCUCCCAUCGUGCUGAAGGUGAUUGACCACCGUCCGUUUGGCAGGAAGCCUGUGGUUGGCCAGUGUACGAUUGCAUCUCUGGAGGACUUCAGAUGUGACCCGUAUGUCAUCGUUUCAGAGGGAGCCAGGUCUUCCAAAAUGGCUCUUAUGAUGGCCUCUCCUCACAAAGACGUUGCCAUCACCAUGGAAGAGUCGAGCCCCCUCCUGGAAGCUCAGCUUAUGUUCAGCAUGUCAACUGCUGUCAACAAAAUGGCUACCCCUACCUCUUACUUUCUUGCAGAGAAGGAAAAAGAGACAGUUGACUGGUGGAGUAAAUUCUACGCUUCAACAGGCGAGCAGGACAAAUGCGGCCCUUACCUCAAGAAAGGAUACGAUACCCUUAAAGUUUACGACAAUGAAUUGGAGAAUGUCCCAGAAUUCAAAGGGUUGACAGACUUCUGCAACACUUUCAAACUGCAACGCGGCAAAAAUGACAAUGGAGAUGAGGACCCCACCGUGGUCGGAGAGUUCAAGGGUGCCUUCAAGGUGUACCCCCUCCCAGAUGAUCCGGGUAUUGCACCUCCACCUCGUCAGUUCAGAGAGCUCCCUGAGAGUGGACCUCAGGAGUGUCUCGUCAGGAUAUACAUUGUUCGGGGAAUAGACCUGCAGCCCAAAGACAACAACGGCCGAUGUGAUCCAUACAUAAAGAUCACUUUGGGAAGGAAUUCGAUUGAAGACAGAGACAAUUACCUACCCAACACAAUAAACCCUGUGUUUGGAAGGAUGUUUGAGAUGACGUGUUUCCUGCCUCAAGACAAGGACCUGAAGAUCUCAGUCUACGACUACGAUCUGCUGACUCGCGAUGAGAAAGUUGGUGACACCGUGAUAGACCUGGAGAACCGCUUCCUGUCCCGAUACAACUCCUAUUGUGGUCUUCCACAAACCUACUGCAUUUCUGGUGUCAAUCAGUGGAGGGAUCAACUGAAACCAUCUCAGAUCCUUGAGAACUUGGCCCGACUGAAGGGAUUGUCUAAACCCAGAACUGAAGACAACGGCACGUCGCUCACUUUUAAUGGAAAAGAUUACACCUUGGCUCAGUUUGAGACCAACAAAGAAAUUCAUCAGCACUUGGGUCCAGCCUACGAACGGCUCUGUCUGCACGUGCUCAGAACACAGACACUUGUCCCCGAACAUGUGGAGACCAGGACUCUUUACAGCAGCUUUCAACCCAACCUCUCCCAGGGGAAGCUUCAGAUGUGGGUGGAUGUUUUCCCCAAAAACAUUGGACUUCCCGGACCUCCCUUUGACAUCACACCACGCAAGCCAAAGAAGUUUUUCCUGCGUGUUAUCGUCUGGAACACCACAGAUGUGACUCUGGAUGAGACUAGCAUCACUGGAGAACGCAUGAGUGACAUAUAUGUCAAAGGCUGGAUGCCUGGUAUGGAGGAGGACAAGCAGAAGACCGAUGUCCACUACAGGUCUCUGGACGGAGAUGGGAACUUUAACUGGCGCUUCAUUUUUGGCUUUGAAUACCUGCCGGCUGAACAACUCUGCCUCGUUUCCAGGAAGGAACACUUUUGGAGUCUCGACAAAACGGAGUUCAGGAUUCCCCCCAAGCUAACUGUGCAGAUAUGGGAUAACGACAAAUUCUCCCUGGAUGAUUACCUUGGUACUGUUGAGCUGGAUUUGCACAAGUUGGUUGCUCCUUCAAAGUCUCCAGAGAAGUGUUCCCUGCAGCUGUUGGAAAAGCAGGAAACAGGAGGACCACACAAACUGGACAACGUCAAAUCUCUCUUUGCUCAGCAGGCUGUCCGAGGCUGGUGGCCUUGUGCCAUAGAGCAGGAUGGGAAAAAGGUUCUCGGAGGCAAAGUGGAGAUGACUCUGGAGAUCAUCAGUGAAGCAGAUGCAGACGAGAGACCUGCAGGAAAAGGAAGGGAUGAACCCAACAUGAACCCGCGGCUGGACCCUCCAAAUCGCCCAGAAACGUCUUUCUUCUGGUUCACCAACCCCUGCAAGACCAUGAAAUUCAUUGUAUGGAGAAGGUUUAGAUGCCUCUUCAUCUCCCUUAUCAUCCUCACUAUAGUUAUCCUCUUCAUCGCCAUCCUGUUGUACUCUCUACCGAACUACAUCUCCAUGAAGAUUGUGAAGCCCCUUCAGUAAUGCUCAAGUGGAGGGGUCGCCAUGGUAACACUUAAAAGAAACAAUCAUUUAUCCAGCUGAAAACAAUCUGUCACAGAGCUGCUUCAGUGUUUUGCACUAUCUCAACGUUUCAUAUAGUCUUAAUGUGGAAAGGAAAAAAAUAUAUAUAUACAGUCUUAAUGUGACCGCUGCUGCAGAGGCACAUUUGGGAUUUGUUUACAAACCACUACUUUUAUCACUUGCAAAUGAGCACAAUAGACACUUUUGUGUUUUUUAGACUGUUCUAUUUUCCUUUUUUUUUAAGCCAAACAUUUGGUUGAUGUUUUGUAUCUUUGUGGAAGUUAUUCCAUAUAAAUCCAUCAAGUUCUGAACAAACAUGACUCUGUUCCAAUUUUGCUGAAUUGUUUUGCACAAGAACUGCAGCCGCGUGUAACAAAACCAUCAAAAGUACUCGACUUUGGUCUUUGCUUCACCUUAGCUGGUAUUUUUGAUCCCCAAAUGUCUGGAUUGAAAAAAACAAGCGUUUACUUAAUAUACCUCUGAUAUGAGCAGAAUCCCAGUCAAGUUAACUGUCUGCUGGGCCAUUUUUCACAGGUGGAAAUUUUUUGUACCUUAUUAAAAAACAAGAUUUGAGAACUAAUAUUGAAAAACCUGACUAAAUCAGGGUUUUUUGAAAGAUUUGUGAAGCUAAAAUAAAAAUCUAGUCCCAACUCUGGUGUUAAAGCUUUCCAAAAAAUGUAUUUCAUGUAUGCUAUGUUUUUCCCAUGCACAAAAAUGACGCAACACGCCUAAUUGAAUAAAUAAUCCAGAUUUCUCUCAA